CCAAAAUGGACCCAGAAGAAGAGGAGGAGUAUGACAGUCCUCUGGAGGAUGGGAUGGAGGAGGAGGAAGAUGAGGACCAGGAUGAUGCUGACCUGAACUCACCUCUACCUGAGGACAUGCUGGAGGAACCCCUGGGUGCAGUGGGACAGUCCAGGCAAUGGAUGGAGUCUGAUGAAGGUGCCCUUGACAGGGAGUAUGAGAGUGAUCCUGAGAUCUACAGUGAGGAGGAGGAGUCACUCACAGGAGAAGAGAGAGAAGGCGGUCCCCCCAUCACGGAGAAACAGAAGCAGACCCGAUCGGAGCACAUCCGGAUGAUGGCUCUGAGGAAACAUCUGGACCAGCUGAGUGAGAAGGUGUUGGAGAAGGAGUACCAGGUGCAGAAAUGCAGGGAGGCGCUGAAGACGUGUCGUGAGAAGCUGGAUGUUCUUGAGAAGGAGCGGGACCAGGUGUACCUCAGGAUUAAGGAGGAGGAGGAGAAGGAAAACCAUGCCAGUCUCCACCGCCUGAGGGCGCAACAUGGCCGUCUGCUGGACGAGCUGACAGCAGAGGAGACUCUGGAGAAACAGAUCAUAGAUCAACUGGAUGAGGCAGAGUACACCCUAGCCAAAGCCCAGGUUGAGCAGGGGAAGUUCCUGCUGGCUGGGGAGGAGCUCCGACUGGAGGAAGAGCGGAUGCAGAAGGAGCGAACGGAGAACGCCACCCAGCGGGGGAGACGGGAACUGUUGGCCACUCAGCAGGCCGAGAGGAGGAGAAAAACUAGGGAGAGGUUAGAACUGCUGGCCACUCAGCAGGCCGAGAGGAGGAGGAAAUCUAGAGAAAGAGAGCACAUGGCUGCUGUCCGUGAGCGGGAGAGGAAACAUCGUCAGGCCAUGGCGGCCGCACGGAGGAGCAGGGAACAGGCCAACAAGUUCCUCAAGGAGACUUUAGCAAGGGUCCGUGCCCAGGACACAGAAGAGGAGGAGCGCAGCAGACAGCAGAUGGAGCACAGGAUGAGAACCCUACUGUCUCUCAAGACAAACAUCACUGCUAACAGGGAAAACUUACGAGCGGUGCAGGCACGGGACCGAGCCAUGGCAGCAGCAGCAGCUGUGCAGGAGGAGGGGGAGAGACAGGACGUGCUGGGGGAGGGGGGCAACCCGGAGGAGGUGCUGCUCAGGAGGAAGAGACAGAAACAGUUUGAGAGGGAGAAAGAAACAUUUGAAGCCCAGCAGAGAGAGAAACAGCAGGAGAUCGUGGCGCGGAUCAUCCGUGAGGAGAAACAGAUGAAGCACAGGAAGGCCCAGCAGCCCCAGCUCUGGCCUGAUGCCAGGAGGGACAGGGCAAAGAGAGUGCAGGGGAGGAAGAGAAAGUCUCGCAUCAUCCAGCACUACACCAGCGGGUCAUCGUCUGUGGAGUACAGUGCUGAUGUGGAGGAGGUCGCUCCUACGAAAGGUCCGCAGGACAAGCUGGCCACGGUUUCCUCGGAUGAUGACUUCUCCCCGUACGGCCUGACGAGCCGAGAUGAGCGCGGGGACAGCGAGAGCGACAGCCGGGAGGGGGAGGAUGACGAGAACCUGGCACAGCCAGAGUUCGCUGGGCUCUGGGACCAGGAGCACAAGGCUUACAAGGUGCCAGAAGACCACGAGGUCCCCCCCAAACCGAUAGGAGGCACCAAGAUGGAGCAGCAGGUCCUACAACAGACUCUGGAGAAGCACCGCUCCGGAAUCAUCCGCAAACAGGUCGCCGCAGGGCGCGAGUUCAAGGGUCAACCUUUCUACAGCAAGCCUGAUGUCAUUCACUUCAAGGACUUUGACGUCGGGAAGACGUACAAGAAAAAGGUGCAGCUGACCAACGUGUCGUACAGCGUGAACUUCUGCCGCCUGGUCGGGCUGUCUGAGCACCUCAAGGACUUCAUACACCUGGUAUUUGACCCCCCAGGUCAAAUGUCAGCCGGCAUGUCAUGUGACAUGAUGGUGACCUUCAAGCCCAUGAUAAAUGAGGAUCUGGAGGGUGCAGUGGAGUUCCUGGCACAGACAGGUCCUUUUUUCAUCCCUCUGAGAUGCACCACCAAGAAAUGUGAUUUAUCUGUAGACAUUGAGACUGUCGACUUUGGUACCCAAGUAAUCGGGGAGACGCUGAAGAAAACCAUCACACUCACCAACAAGGGGGCGCUGGGGACCAAGUUUGAGUUCAUCAAGGUUUCAGAUGCCAAACCAAGAACUGUAACCACUGCUGAAACUUCUCUUGGUAGAUUGACGUCGGACAUGUCGGACCGAGCGGUCAGUUCCCUGAGUGACCAGGAGAAGGUCCACACGGCCGAGUCCGGCCACAAACCGGACAUCCAUGUCACACCGCCGGACGAGAAGGCACUGGAAGGGGAUGGAGAGGGGGAUGCUGGAAAGGAUGGAGAGAAGGAGGAUGGAGGAAGAUGGGACGUCACCAGAGAAGGGGAGACCACGGUAGACUUUGGGCUGGGCUCUGACUUCCUGGACGUGUCUGCCUUGGAUGGGAUGAAGAUAGGACAGGUUGCUAUGGGAGACAUCGGUCCCUUCUCCGCUGUGAAACUUGAGAUCAUCUUCGCCCCCACGGUACCCGGGAAGGUCGACACAGACUUCGAGAUCAGCUUCUCAGACCCCUGCUCCGACAGCAUCUUUGUGCGUGGAGUUGCCAAUGCCAUUGAUGUACCCGUGUGGGUGGAGAGGCAAAACGUGGACCUAAAGAUCUGCAUGUUUGACAGACUCUACCAGGACUCUAUCGUGGUCAACAACAGAGCCACAACAGCCCUAAGACUGAGGUUUGAGGUCCCUAAGGAACUCCGAGAUCACAUGGAGCUGCUCCCGAAGACUGGAUACAUCCAGGCACAGUCUCAGUUUUCUGCACAGCUCAAGUUCUUACCCAGACAAACGUUAUCUGAAGACGCGCCCAAGUCGUUUGACAAGGAGACAGGUGUUCUGGAGGCCCCCAUGGUCAUCAGGGUGGCCGACCAGACAAGACCCGUCCCCUUCACCAUCCAAGCCAUCGUGACCAGCUCAGAUUUCGAGUUUGACCGGAAGGACAUCGACUUUGGGUUCUGCAGCAUCUACGAGUCGGUGAAGACGACCAUCAAACUCACCAACAAGUCCAUCCUGGCUCAGCCCUAUGGCUUUGUCAGUCUUCCAGAGACCGUAGACGUCCAGCCCAACGAUGGGUUUGGCACCCUGUUGCCGUUGGAAACCAUAGAACUUGACCUCAUCUUUAAUGCAAAGAAGGCGAAGGAGUACACGUUUGAGCUGACCUGUAAGUCGGGGAUCAACCGAGACUUUAAGCUGUCCUGCAAAGCUGUGGGAGUCCAUCCUCCACUGGAGCUGUCUCAGUCGGUCAUACACUUUGCAGCGACUGCCUUGAUUGACUCCAGCACAGCUGCCCUCCACGUUGUAAACUCUCACACCAGCCGUAACGAGUUCACGCACCCCGUGCCGCGGGUUGGAAAGGGCGAGAUCGCGCCGGUCGGGCCGACGUCAUUCGAGUUCGUGGUGCCAGAGGGCGCUCCUGUCAACGUGUCGCCCGCAGUGGGGACUGUGCUGCCGGGGAAGAAAACUCCCAUCACGGUGACGUUCUCCCCUGCCCUGUUGGACGCCGAUAUCCGUGAGGAAGUUGUUCGGAUCCGCUCGCGGCUCCGGGAGGCACAACUGAAACGGGAGGAGGAGGAGGCUGCCCUCGCUGCCAGGAAAUCCGAACUCGAGACUAGGAACAGCGACAAAAAAGGCAAGAAGGCUGACAAGAAGGGAAAGAGCCCGUCAGACUCCCCUGCUAAGGGGGGGAAGUCGAAAGGUCCGACCCCGGCAGCUGAGAAGAAGGACCCUGAAGUGGAGAUCCCCUCGCCUGAUGCUGUAGAUCCUAGUUCUGAUGAGUAUGCAGCCGCACGUGCAGCGCUGAUGAGAAACUACAGGGGGCGCUUCAACAGCUACACGGUGCCCUGCUUCGUGGCUUCAGGCGAGUGUGGGGACCCUGGAAAACUGCCUUAUAAUAAGUACAACACGCUGUAUCUGGAGAUCCACUGUCCGUCCGUCCGCCCUUCGCUCAUUGUGAUCUCCAACCACGGACGCACAACCACAGACUUCGGGGAGGUUUCCAUCGGUCAAAGUGUAGUGAAGUCCAUCACCAUUCAGAACAUCUCCGACAAGACCCAGGAUCUGAAGUCAUCAAUCCUGGACACAGCCGGACCUUUCCUACUGCUGAACUCCCUCCGAGCGCUGCAACCUGAGGCCACGCACACGCUUAUCGUGUCAUUCACUCCUCAUGAGGGCAGGAAUUUCUAUGAGACGUUGGAAGUGCACACCCCCACAUCCACCCUUGGCAUCACCCUCCAGGGCAGGGGGAUGACCCCCCUGGUCAGCCUGUCGGUGGAGGGGGUACUGGACAUGGGACAUGCUCUGGCUGGGGAGGCUGUCACCGAAACAUUCAAGAUCACCAACACCUCAACCCUGGCAGUCGACUACACAGUCCAACUGGACAGCCAGUCCUACCAGAAACCUGCGGCGGCACAGGGACUCCCCGAGUUCUUACAAAGAGGGGAGGGGGGCAGAAGGAACCUUGUUGGUAAGUCUUGUUACAGUAAGGAGGCACAGGGUCUCCCCGAGUUCUUACAGAGAGGGGAGGGGGGCAGGAGGAAUCUUGUUGGCACCAGUAACAACAGUGGGCUGAGUGUGUUCAGCUGUACUCCAUCAGUGGGGAACAUCCCUGCAGGGUGUCGCCGUUGUACCUUUUUAAACACCACCCUUGUUCCACCUGUUCCAGGCACCAGUAACAACAGUGGGCUGAGUGUGUUCAGCUGUACUCCGUCAGUCGGGAACAUCCCUGCAGGGGGUAACCAGGAGGUGACCGUGACCUUUAACCCCGACCACCACAGUCUGCACUACUCGGACGGAGCCAGGAUCGUUCUGUUCGGACAGGAUGAAGCUGCAGUGCUGCAGCUGAAGGGGCGUGGCUGGGACCAUACCAUGUACGUGGAGGGGGGUGACCCGCUGGAUGUGAGUGUGGAGUCUCUGGAGGCACAGCAGGCUGUGGAAGAAGAGGACGAGUCCCCAGAAAAGCUGCUGCCAAUGUUGUUGACCUUCAGAUAUGUGCAGACGGACGACAAACCAACUCCUGCCUCCCGGGAGCUGGUGAUCGGCUGCAUCAGGUCUCUGUCUGGAGCUGCCAAGAAGAGUGGGGAAUACAGUGUAGACAACCUCCAACUUGCUGCACCGAAAGGCUUCAACGUGGACCAGCCCAAAGCCACCAUGGAGGCGGGCAGCAGCAAGAAAGUGGUGUUCACAUGGACACCCCCUGCCGGCCACGAUCCGAGUGAGCCGGUGGAGGCAGCUGUACAGCUGGUGCUGAAGGGAGACGCUACCGAGCGGUACAAAGUGCUCCUCAGAGGCCUGGUGGUUUCAGGCUAGCUCCGAUGAAAAGAGACGAUUACUAUACUUAAAUUCUGAAAUUCUUUCAAUGUUUUUAACUUGCAGUGCCCUUUGGUGACCUCAUCGCACUGCUUUGUCUUUCAUCAUGUUGCUAUAGCAUAUUUGAUUACAUCAUAGACAUGUGCAGGCCUGUAAGGUGGGGGUCAACGACCUUGAGGUUGUUGAUCCCUCUGGCCAUUAGAAAAUGACCCUAAAAGUCGUUUCACCUGUGAAUUUUCAUUUUUACUGCACCACAAAAUUCGAUGCUGCGAACUUAAAGGAUCAAAGUUACAGAAGAGUAAAAGAAAUGCCAAAAGUUACAAUGCUGCUAGAGUAAAUCCUUCCGUUUCCUCUUUAGAAAUGUUGGUGUGAAGAUUGAUGAUGAUAAAAUGUUAUGUACAGGUUUUGUUUCUUUGUUGGAUUUGUUCUUGAUUCUGUUUGUUUUUGUGUCGUACCAGUGAAACAAACAAACACUAGAAUAAAGUAACAUGUGGCAGUA